GCCAAAACAAAGCCACACCAUCCACUGCCACCCGCGCGCCAACUUCGCGCGGAUCCUGCGCCAAGCGCCAAAAGCGCGGAUCCGCCAACUCCUUCGCGCCAUGCCGGUGGGUGGGCUGCUGAGCGCGGCGGCCCUGGCCGGGGUGGGGCAGACGAUAUGGCAGUACAACCGGGAGAACUACAUGUUCGACGUGCCCCUCCGCCAGGCCAGGGACUUCCAGGUGCAGAACGUGAACCUGGCCAGGUACGCCCUGUUCCGGGAGGACAUCCGGGAUUUGGCGUCCCUGACCACCGACAAGGUGUCCAACCUCCUGGUGGUGAACACCCUGAAGGUCGGCUUCAUAGUUGCCUUGUACUUCAACUUUGACCGCACGGACACGGGGUACCAAGACCGGUCUCUGAACGAAGACAUCCUGAGCGUCCUCUUUGGGAUGACUCUGCUGACCUCCUUCUUUUUCCUGAUGACCUCCAUCUGGUUCGCCAUGCACGCGCUGCAGCUGGCCCAGGCCAUCACCACCAAGCUGCUUGUGCAGGUGGUGCGGAUCCCGCUGCCCUCGGAGUUCGACAUCGCCGCCGCGGCCUCCGAGGGCCGGGACUUCGAGAUGAACUUCCGGGAGGCGCUGCGGGUGCCCUUCAUCGAGGAGAACCAGGCGAAGCCCGGCAGCCCCAACCCGCCGCAGCCCGAGAAGGAGGCGAGUCCUGUGCGGUCCCGGACCCAACGCUUUUCCACCAAGCUCAACACCUUGACCUCUGCGGUACGCGACAAGGUGGUGCCGGAUGUGGACAGCCGAAACCUGGACGACCAAAAAGCCCCGCUCGUGGAGCGCGGCGCGGUGACGGUCUCGCUGCAGGACCUGAUCUACGGCAUCCGGCCUGAGGUGGAGCAUGUGUCGCAGAUGGAGCCCCACCUGAAGCUGCUGUCGCUGGUGGCUUCAUCUUGGCAGCCCUUCGACCUCUACAGCAAAGUCACCACGGUGCUGGGCUCCAGCUGUUUGUUCAGCGGCCUGGCGUACUACUCCAUCUACUACAACAAGGGAGACAACCAUGAGGCGACUCCGGAGGCUUGGUGCUGCUUUCUCUUCAUGUCAACUCUGGCGUGGUGGAACCUCACCAUUGAGCUGGCAGCUAACACGCUGGACCUCACCAUCGCGGCGUUGCUGAUCCUGGUGGGCCCGGUCUUGUGGCUGCUGUCCAACCGGCCCACGCUGACGGGGACCCUGAUGCGGCACUUUGGGUAUCCGCUGCUGGUGACCAUCCAGGCGAGCUGGAUCAUCUACCUGGGGGUCCGCGCAUGCACCUUUGCUGGGGAGUGGCCCCACUUCUUCGUGAGCACCCGAUACCUCAACGUGCUGCACAAGCAGCGGGGGCCCAUCGACAUCCCCCAGGACAUCGCACGGAAGGCCAAGGA